CUUUAGAGGAAGAAAUGAGCAUUAAGAGACUUUUAGUUGGUACACCUGACUGAUGUUUUUUGUAAUAGCAGAUUGGAGCUCUGUGAUCAAUGCCAUGUCCAUAUCAACAGUGUUCAACUUCAACAAUGGUGGCUCUUGCCAGUUUUAUGAAUGAAAGCAGCAAGUUCGAAGCUUGAAAGGCACAUCAACCAACCACCACCCUAGUUUUUGCUUCUCUUAUUCACCAGAAAGAGUCACUCCCCAAAUUUGCAUAGCUUUUAGGUCCAUUUAGAUUCCAAAUGAAGCCUGCUCCCAACCAGCACACCAACCUUGAGAUUUAAACUGGCAUCAGGUAUGUUUUCCACUAACAGCUGAGCUAACAAUGCAAGAUUAAAGGUGAUGAAACCACUCAAAAUGAGAGAGGUUGUGCCAGCCAACCCUUCUUAUACCCUCACAUUGCUUGGCUCUCAUGCCAUGUUCAACAAGAUGGUUCCUGCUCUCUCUCCCUCCAUACCAAAGCUCCACUACAGCUUGGAGUGGAAUGUGAUCCAGAAGAAGGUUGGCCCUCUGCUGUGGCUGCUGGUCAUCUCCACCAUCUUUAUCCUCUUCAUCAUGCACUCCUCUUAUACUCUCAGCAUCAGUGCCAAAGGUGGCCUCAGCCAAAGCCCUCUCAUGUCUGCUGCUAACAGCAGCGUGAUACAACUGGUGCAGAGCCCCCCUGAUUCAGAGCUCCUUUCUCCGAACCUCUCCGCACCACAGCCUGCUACUGCUGCUACCAUUAGCAGGGUGACACCAGUUGUGGAAGGUCUCCAUCCGAAUACCAGUGGAAUUGAAGAGCUCUGUGAUAUGACAAAGGGCAAGUGGGUGACAGAGCCACGAGCAUCGAUCUAUACCAACGUGACAUGCCCGACGCUGCCUGACAUGAAGAACUGUGGGAAGUAUGGGAAGGAUCAGAGCUAUUUGUAUUGGAGAUGGCAACCCGAUAGUUGUGACGUACCGAGGUUUGAUCCUGUGACAUUCCUGAAUCUAGUUAGAGGGAAGAAGAUGGCCUUCAUUGGUGACUCGCUAGCUCGCAAUCAAAUGGAAUCCCUGCUGUGUCUCUUGUCUCAGGCAGAGACUUCCAGGCAAGUCUUCAGGGAUUCAGGCGACAAGUACGUGACAUGGUACUUCCCCUCGCAUGAGUUCACCCUCAUGGCCAUGUGUACGGAGUACUUUGUGGAAGCAAGGCCAAGAAUCAUAAACGGAACAGCUUCAUCCUCAUUUGAGCUUCACCUCGACAGGGUGACCAUGAACUGGACGGAGAAACUUCCCGGCGUCGACUACGCCAUCCUCUCCGGCGGCAACUGGUUCUUUCGAGGACUCCACUUGUACCGAGAAGGAGAGAUCGUCGGGUGCGUCAACUGCUGGGGCCAAAACCUGACCGAUUUCGGCGUCGCAGCUGCCAUCAGAAGCGUCCUCAGAACAGCCCUCCAGUUCAUAGCCACAUGCAAGGAGUGCGAGGGGCUCGUCACCUUCUUGCGGACCUUCACGCCAUCACACUUCGAGAAUGGCUCCUGGUUCAGCGGAGGACAAUGCAACAGGACUCAACCAUUGGAUGAGAUCCAGAUUAGUCUGAGCGACAUCACCUGGGAGAUAAGGAAGGUUCAGCUGGAGGAGAUCGAAAGAGCGAGACGGCAAGAGGGGGAAGUGAACAUCAAGUUCGAGGUGUUGGAUGUCACCAAAGCGAUGAUGCUGAGGGCAGACGCACACCCCGGGAAGCACUGGACGACGAAGACGAAGGGGGGUGUUAACGACUGCUUGCAUUGGUGCUUGCCCGGCCCUGUUGAUCUGUGGAGCGAUCUAUUGCUCGCGACUCUCAAGAAGAAUUCUCUAUCUCAUUAGUUGCAUACUUGUAUGUAUCGUCUUCGCAUGAGCAUUUUAUCAUAUGACUCAUGUGCACUUUUCAUAGUGUUAGUGCAGUCUU